UCUCCGGAAGCCACGGGAUUCGGAAUCUCGCCCAAAGUCGUGCGAGCUCCGGCUGCGUUUGCGUGCGCGGUGCGUGGCGGAGAGCCUCCAGCGCAGGCCAAGAUGUUCGUCUUGGUGGAGAUGGUGGACACGGUGCGGAUUCCCCCGUGGCAGUUUAAGAGGAAGCUCAACGACUCCAUUGCCGAAGAGCUAAACAAGAAGUUGGCCAACAAGGUCGUGUACAACGUGGGACUCUGCAUCUGUCUGUUUGACAUCACCAAGCUGGAGGACGCCUAUGUGUUCCCAGGAGAUGGCGCGUCACAUACCAAAGUCCAUUUUCGCUAUGUGGUGUUCCAUCCGUUCCUGGACGAGAUUCUCAUUGGAAAGAUCAAAGGCUGCAGCCCGGAGGGCGUGCAUGUCUCUCUAGGGUUCUUUGAUGACAUUCUCAUCCCACCAGAAUCGCUGCAGCAGCCAGCCAAGUUCGACGACGCAGAGCAGGUGUGGGUGUGGGAGUAUGAGACGGAGGAAGGGGCACACGACCUGUACAUGGACACCGGGGAGGACAUUCGCUUCCGGGUGGUGGACGAGAGCUUUGUGGACACAUCGCCCAGCGGGCCCAGCUCGGCCGAGGCCACCUCUUCCAGUGAGGAGCAGCCAAAGAAGGAGGCUCCGUACACGCUUGUGGGAUCCAUUAGUGAGCCGGGCCUGGGCCUUCUCUCCUGGUGGACGAGCAGCUAGCCCCGGGGCUUGCCAGCGCACCUGCCCAGUCUGCAGACCCCGCCCCAGCCCUCUGGAAGGUGCCGUGGAGACAGGAACAGCCUGUGCCCGAGAGAGCUGGAUGGCGGGGGCCAGGAGUGCCCUGCCAGCUUGCCCCCUCCCUUGCCACGGUGGCCUUGCUCCUCGUCCCGAAGUCCUGCUCUCAGUGACAGGAAAUACAUUUAAUAAACAAUGGCAGCACCAGAUGAGGAGCCACUCCUGUCUUGAUGGCCACUGUCACA